UGCACCGUUCAUUUAUAUCCGUGUCCACACAAGAUUUCUCACCAUCAAAUCGCGUUGUUAUGACAUUAAAUACAUAACAACAAUUUGUCCGGAUAAACGAGCCGGGUUUUAUUUUCUGUAAGUCAUCUAAAGAGUCUAAAUGGUGAAGAGAAGGCAGAGAAGAAUGUUACGGUAUGUGGAAGAGGGCAGUCUCUUAAAGCUGAAGUCAUACCUUCGUAAACACAAGGAUCUGGAGCUGAACUUCUCUCAGGGCAGAAAGCACAGAAGUCCUCUACACAUCGCAUGUUCUCAUGGUGAUGAUGCCGUUGUCAGACUGCUGCUGAAACAUGGAGCAGAUCCUCUACAAACAGACCUGAACGGAGAGAUACCAUUACACCUGGCCGCGAAGAGAGCUCUUAAAUACGGCAAAAGAGUUUAUGAUGAUCUGGUGGUGCCAUUACGAAAACACUGUCCGGAAGCAUUUGAGGUUUCUAAUAAAGCAGGAGUGACUCCUCGAGAUCUGCUACAAUGGAUGAAAUCUGAACAGGGCGGCUUUGAAAAUGGAUUUCAAUGUAAUGCCGAUCCUGAACAACAGUGGAGAGAGAAAUUGUUGGGUGAAUGCCAGGAUGAGUUCUUUGAGACUUUUGGACAGUAUGACGAUGAAUUCUUAUGGGAUGAAAAAGACGAGGAAGACUUUGGGGACUGGGCUGAUCGGAUCAGACGGGAGUAUGUUUCUAAGCAACGUGCCAGAGAACAAAGAGAAGCAGCUUCCUCGGGACACAAGAAAUCCAAGGGCCGUAAGGAGACGGAAGAGGACGAAAGGAGUCGAAGGGAGCUGCUGAAGAGACUGGAGCGAGAACAUGCUGAGUAUCUGCAGCGUGCAGCCCGAAAGGAGGAGGAGACGCGGCAGGGGAGGAAGAACCACUACGAUGAGCGCUGUGCUGCUACAUUUCAGAGCUCCUCAAACAGGGCACCUCAAGGACUUCUGGGAUACAAUGACAUCCCAUGGCCGGCUCCCCGUGGCUCACUGGAUGAAAUGGUGGCCGUUAUGUUGCACGGCGUGGACCGUUCCGAUGUGCCUGUCUUCCGGAAGUUACUCCGUCGCCAGCAAGCCCUCUGGCACCCGGACAAGUUCGCUCAGCGCUGUGGAGGACGUCUCGUGGAGUCUGACAGACAGAGAAUUCUGGACACGGUUACGGCUCUCUCACAAGAGCUCAACAGACUUGCACAAAACCUUAGAUGAUCAAGUCAUCACUGAUCUGAGCAAUUCAAAUAAGCUUUGUAUUGGUCUUUGUUCUCGUGCUGUUUUGUUAUUUAAAGUAUUUGUGAAAGAUUUAAAAUAUAAAAGAGGACUGGAAGUUUGUCUUGGUGAAUUUAAUGCAAACAUAUUAAUGAAUAUAAAGAAAUCCUGUCUUUGAGGUGCAUGUCCAUAUACUAGUACUGCUGCAAUAUUUAUAUUAUAAGGCAUUUUUCGCAUAAUGCUUCUCACGUCCAGCUGUACAGGGGGCCUGAGGAAGGCCUGACCCACACAUGAGCUGUGGCAAGGAGAAGCAUUUUCCUGUUAUAAAUGUCAGAGCAAUUUAGUAAAACAUAAGAAAGUAGUCAAAGUAAUUCACGUGUAAAUAUAGUGCAAGUGUUUACUAUAAAGUAGUAGAGGACUUUGCCUUAUAUAUCUUUACAUUUAAGAGACUUAAUCAAAGGUCAAGCAGAUGGUGGUCUGAAAGAAUACGCCACGGAAUAUAUUAAAAGGAUGCUGUAGUUGCCAGAUUACGUAAAAUCCAUUUUAUCUUUGCAGGCAUCUUUUUAAGCAUUUAGGAGAGCACAUGUACUUUAAACAAUUGUAAAUAUUUACUUUUUCCAAUAUGUUCGACAGCAUCAGUUAGUCUAAUGUAAAUUAUAUUUUUAAAGAAUUGGUUGUUUAAAUCUUGAAGUAUAAAAUAGACCCAUAUGGCUAUCAAACAA